CUGCAAUGAGUAAACGUAAGUUGAAGGAGAGCAGUGGAACAAAUGCAGAAUGCAUUUCACAGGUGCAAAAAAUUUUACGUGAAAGAUUCUGUCACCAUAAUGCUACUGGAAGACUGUUUGGGGUUGACUCUCAGUACAGGCAUCUGAUGGAACUGCUGAAACGAACUGUUAUUCAUGGAGAAAGUAACUCUGCCCUCAUCAUUGGACCCCGAGGAUCAGGAAAGACUGCGUUAUUAAACCGUGUCUUAAAAGAGCUCAAGGAAAUGAAACAAGUUAGAGAGAACAUCUUGGAAGUUCGUCUGAAUGGACUCCUGCAGACUAAUGAUAAAGUUGCCCUGAAGGAGAUCACCAGGCAGUUGCACCUGGAAAACGUGGUGGGAGACAAAGUUUUUGGCAGUUUUGCUGAAAAUCUUGUGUUUCUUCUUGAAGCUUUAAGGAAAGGAGAUCGAAAUAGCAGUUGUCCAGUCUUGUUUAUACUGGAUGAAUUUGACUUGUUUGUUCACCACAAGAAUCAGACGCUGCUCUAUAACCUUUUUGAUAUAUCCCAGUCAGCACAGACUCCAGUCACAGUUAUCGGACUUACAUGUAGACAGGAUAUCCUGGAGCUUUUGGAGAAGAGAGUAAAAUCAAGGUUCUCUCACCGCCAGAUCUAUUUGAUGAAUUCCUUUGAUUUUAAACAAUACAUUAGGAUAUUCAAGGAACAGCUUUCUCUUCCUGCUGCAUUUCCUGACGAGUCUUUUGCACAAAAAUGGAAUAAUAAUGUUCAGCAUCUCUCAGAGGAUAAAACGGUGCAAGAGGUGCUGCAGAACCUUUUUCACUAUACUAAAGAUCUGCGCUCGCUCCAUUUGCUGCUGAUGCUUGCUGUAAGUAAAGUUACCGUGCAUCACUCACUGAUCACUGCAUCAGACCUCCAUGAGGCAAGCAAGCAGUACAGAACGGACUCAAAAGCAAAUAUUGUACACGGUUUGUCUGUCCUGGAAAUCUGCCUAAUUAUAGCUAUGAAACACCUGAAUGAUGUUUAUGAAGGAGAACCAUUUAACUUCCAGAUGGUUUACAAUGAAUUCCAGAAGUUCGUACAGAGGAAGGCGCACUGUAUGUACAACUUUGAAAAGCCGGUUGUCAUGAAGGCAUUUGAACACUUACUACAACUGGAAUUUGUAAAACCAAUAGAAAGGCCAGCUGUAUGUACUCAGAGAGAAUACCUCCUCAUGAAACUGCUUUUGGACAAUAAGCAGAUCAUGGAUGCGCUGCAGGCGUACCCCAACUGCCCAACGGACGUGAAGCAGUGGGCGGCGUCAUCCCUCAGCUGGCUGUGA